AUGCAAAACCAGCUGUGGCAGGGGCCCCUGGGGUGCAGCAAUCAAUACCAAGAAAGCCCCCAGGAUGCCGAGGACACCCUUUUCCUGCUGCUGGGCCUCAUCAUCAUUGUCAACAUCAGCAUCAACGUGACGACCAUGAUGUGGCAUGGCCUCCAGAAUGCUUUAGACAAGAUGCUGUCUUGGAUGAAGCAGAAGAACGAAGUCCACGUGGCUCAGUGUCCCCCCAAAGCGGCCCCCGCCAACACACAGGACGUUCACAUCCACUGCGUCCUCGACCCGGUCCAAGUGAAGAUGGCGCGGCCCACGCGCUACUUCUCCUCCUCUCACCACUCCCUCCCUAAGCGCCGCAGCAACAGGCGCAACCGCAGGCGCCGCCACAGCCGCCACCACCAGAGGCGCCACAGCUUCCAGCGCCAGGGCCACCACGACCACCCCGACCACCACGACCACCAGCCCGGACGGCAGAGCAGGAAGCUCUCCCACAGCUUCCGGGCGCCCUUCUUCGAACAAGCCCAGCGCCGCCGGAAGUCUUCGGUGCGGCCCACGCCGUUUUUUGACCUGGAACGGCGGGAUUCCCUUCCGGAGGACGACCAGCCCUGCCCGCACUCCAAGUACCCGCGCCGGGGCUGGGGCAGCUUCUGCAGCCCCGUGGGCCUGGCCUCCAAGGCGGGGCUGUGGGGCCGCCAGGGCGGAAUCCUCGCCAGCUUCCCGCUGCCCUCCCUCUACCUGUCGCCGGAGCUGCGCCGCCUGCCCAAGCGAGUAGAAGCCAAGUCGGAGCUGAGGCUGCAGGCCUUCGGGCCCCGGUACUCGCAGUCCCGGAGCUGGGGGCCCGCGGAAGCCGAGCCCUGGGCCUCGUCGCCGCCGCCGCCCCGCCGGCUGCUCCCUAACCCCUCCUGGCUCACCGUGGGCCACAGCCCCUUCUCCUCGGGCGGCCACAUUCCCCACGACGCCUGGGAGCCGCGGCGGCGCGGGACGGAGGGCCCCGAGCCACCCGCCCUCGUGCCCAGGACCGCCAGGCCCGAGGUCGCGGGCUUCCGCGAGCACAGCUCGGCGCAGGCCCACCGGCCGAGCCUCGCCAGCUACGCCCACAGCCAAGCCAACCAGAGUCCACCCCAGUCCAUAGGGCACGUGGGCUACGCGUCCCGGGAGUCCCACGAGCGCAGGCGGCCGUCCGACUGGACCGAGGUCUUCCCCUCCCGGCACCCUCUGACCACCUCCACCUCCCUUACGACGCUGGGCGAGGCCUCGUACCAACGGGCGCCGGCCGCCGGCUCGGGCCUCGCGAUGCCUCACUCCUCGCAGCCCCUGCCGGACCUGCAGGCCUCCGACCCGACCCCGUCUCCAACCAGCUUCGUUCCACUCAGUCGGAAUCCGGGUGGCAACGCCAGCUACCAGGUGUACGACAGCCUGGAGCUGAAGCGGCAGGUGCAGGAGACCAGGGGCCGCUCCAGCUCCCUGCCGCCCCCGUCCACGUCGGCGUCCAGGCCCUCUCUGCACAGAGGCAGGACCUGCAAACUUACCUGAGCGGCAGGGGAACGGGGCAGCGGAGCAGGGCGAGGAAUAAACAGAGUCCAGAACCCCUC